GAUGGGAAGUCCCGCAAUACCAUAUAGCGGAACAAAUAGCGCAUGCACGUACAUGUACAUAACCAUUAUAUCGAUUAUCUUUGAAAAACAGUUCAUAAAAGCUUCUCUAGGAAACGGCUGGUGAAUCGCCUAGGCCUAUAUCUGAAGAUUAUAUGCCAGUGUUCGCAAAGCUGCGUAAGUCUCAAAAUUCAUUGGUACAAAGGCCUGACAGAAUGAUGGCUUCCACCUUUACGGAUGAAAAGAAUACGUUGCAUCCGAGGAUGUCGGUGAUCUCAGACAUUCCUUUUAUUGAUGCCUUCAUCGACCAGACUUCAGCGGACCAUGGUGCUCUAGAAAAGGUGGUGACGGCAAUAAGGCCCCAAUGGAAAGGCAAGACCAUAACAAGUGAGCGAUUCCGCGAGGGCAUUUGUAAUACAGUGCUGAAGUGUUUUACACAAGAAGAAGAGGAAGCAAUAGUAGUCAGAAUUAAUGGGAACAGGGUCAAAAUAUUUCCUCUGCAAUGCGAUCCAGACAGAGUUGAGGAACUAAAGGUUUACCAAGUCUUCAGGUCAAUAGGAGUCAGUCCACCAUUACUAGGCAUCUUCAGGAAUGGUAUCUGCAUGGAGUACAUACCGGGCAGGCAAUACACCUGGUUCGAUGCUUACUACAAGUCCUCAGACGAUCCUUUUAUUAGAACGAACAUGAAGGAACUUGCGAAGUAUCACAGCAAUAGAACGUCGGUCCUGGCAAGAGAGAUGGGGUUUGAAGAAUCCCCUGCUGUCAUUGUCCAGUGCAGAUUUCUUCUCGAUUCGUUAGGGGAGGAAGUGCCCGAUGGUCUCGAUCGAGAAAGGCUACAAGAUGCAAUUGGUCCAAACUUCAAGGACACUUUAGAAGAAGAGCUCAGUGUAUUAAUCAAUCGGUGUACAAGUCUCAACCUUCCCCUUGUCUUCUGCCAUGGUGAUGUCAAUCCUACCAACAUCAUCUUCAAUGAGACGACGGAUACCGUCGCAUUCGUCGACUACGAGACAGCCGGGUUCAAUUACGCUGCAUUCGAAUUGGCGAGGCACAUCUAUCUCGUCACUUGCAGCAUCCACGUCGACAUUGAGGACCGUCUACCGUCAGAUGAGUUUAUUCUAGAAGUUAUCCGUGUCUAUCUUGAGGAACGACAACAUGUGGACGGCUCCAUCAGAGCAGAUGGGGACACGAUACAGCUCUGGUAUCGACAUGUACGGACGGCGAUGCUGUUUGUGUUCCACUGGCAAAUCAUGUUCGCGCUGAACUGGGUGACCAAUCAACCUAUGCGAGGUGUUGGGGAUGAGGACGAAAACACACGGUUGGUGAACGAGCUAUAUUGGACGACGCUGAGUCGCGCCAAGCAUUACUGGAAGCUGAGGCACGAAGUUUUGAAUAUGACUAUCCCGAAACAGAAUGUCGAAUUAGUCCGAGAUCUGCCAGAGCAUGAUUCCCAGGACAUAGGCCUAGGUCGAUGCCCAGAGAUCUGAACUGUAAUUUAUCGGGUAAAGGCAAAGAUCUGAUUUUAGUAUGACGCAAGUGAAAAUUCCGACCCACUGUGAAAAAUGUUGUCGAAUCAUCUUCAGGAGUUUUUGCGACGAUUCAAGGGGCAAGGACCCCAAACGACAAGUUUUCGCCAAUUCGGGCGACAUCCCCCCUCGAAACUCUCCGAUUUGACGACGCCAUAGACAUACCAUGGCGUAGCUAGAUCGGGGCAGUUUCACGGAAAUAGCUUUUUGAUCUAGCAGGCACAUCUAGACUAGCACGUGAUCGAAUGUACCGCAUUCACACAAUGUGUAAAAAAAUGUGCAAUAUCUCGCUAAGUAUUACCAAAUAUAGGUUAGAGAGGUAUAAAAGCUGCCGAUGGUGUUAAACCAAUUGACAUAGAGCUUAUUGGGAGUUCCCAGCAACGAAAUAAACAAGGGAAUGCGCAUGUGCAUUUUUGCGCAAGGACACUACAUGUAUUUGACUUAUACGAGUAGCGAGCAACUCGUUCGUCCAGUUACAGCGGACACGACUUCGGCAUGAGCGGCGCGCGCAGUCGAUUCAAUUGGCGACAACUCGCAAACGGAGAUCCUAAUUGCUUGACUGGUUAACGGUGAUAUUACUCUCUCAGAUUUUGUACUGCCAACGAUAUGGAUAUUGUUAGCUCACCUCUUAGCAGAGGUGAGCUUAUCCCAUACCGUGGCGUCCGUCGUCCGUCGUCGUCGUCGUCGUCGUCGUCGUCGUCGUCGUCGUCGUCGUCGUCGUCGUCGUCCGUCGUCCGUUAGCAGGGCACGUUUCGUAACUGUUAGAGCUAUUGAGUUGAAACUUGGUACACAUGUACCCUUAUGUAAUGACACCUGGGAGACUAAGUUUCGGUCCGAUUCGUUUCAUGGUUUGGCCACCAGGGGGCCAAACGUUAAAAGUGAAAAUAUGCAAUAUCUCCCUUAAUAGUA